AUCAGCUAUAUGUUGUGUAACUGCGUUGCUGUCCCACACCGACAUGUAAACUCCUCAUUGUGCGACCUGACCCCGCUGCACACAUAUCGACGUGUUGGGACUUUUACAUGUGCACGUAUUGAGUAAUGGCGUCGUACAAAGGCAUAGGUGUGAUGUCGGGUACGUCCUUAGACGGCCUGGACAUAUGCUAUGUGGAGUUCACAGGCGACAUCGAAACGGAUGUGUGGGGAUACCGGAUAGAGCGAGCUGUCACUGUGUGCUAUGGCGAGGAAUGGACGGACAAGCUGAGACGGGCCACGAAACUAGCCGGCGUGGAUCUCAUUAAGUUGCAUUUCGACUACGGUCAUUUCAUAGGCGACGCUGUCAAACAGUUCAUUGAGAAAGAGAGAAUAAAGGUGGACUUCGUUUCGUCCCACGGUCACACAAUUUUCCAUCAACCUGAGAGCAGUUUUACGUUUCAGCUCGGGGAUGGCGAGACGACAUCUACGUACCUACAAUGCCCAUUUGUGUGCAACUUCCGAGCCAAGGACUUGGCCCUUGGAGGACAAGGGGCACCGCUCGUACCCUCGGGCGAAAAGUUCCUGUUCAGUCAUGCUGAUUUGUGUAUCAAUCUUGGAGGUAUCGCCAAUGUUGGACAGAAAGGAAGGAAGGGUUUUGACAUUUGCCCAUGCAAUAUUGUCUUGAAUAAACUGGCCAAACAGUUCGACGGAGCGCGCGAGUACGAUGUGGACGGCGAGAUUGCGUCACGUGGGGUGGUCAAGGACAGUCUCCUGCAGCAGCUCGAGUGUCUGGAGUACUACGAGGAACCGCCACCAAAAUCACUGGGCAUCGAGUGGAUCGACAAGGAAAUAUUCCCACUUCUGGAUGACAAGCUGUACACUGUGGCAGACAUGCAGCGGACAUUCGUAGAACACAUUACAAACAGAAUAGCCAAGGCAUGCGCCGACUGCUCUCAGGAGGUGGAGAGUAGUGAGCAGACUGUUCUCAUCACGGGCGGCGGGGCGUUUAAUAAAUACCUCAUGAAUUUACUAGUGGGGAAACUGAAACAGUGUGGAAUUAAGGUCCAGAAAACCGACGACGACACGAUUAACUUCAAAGAAGCUAUGGUCUUCGCUUUCCUGGGAAUGAGAACAUUGCUUGGUUUGGACAACGUGGUUUCCGUUGUCACCGGAAGCAGAUGUGACAGCGUUUCGGGUAGUAUUCACCGUUCAGUUCAACCGUAUACAGCCUCUCCCACCAUCCAGGACAGGUUCAACUAUUUGAUGAAGCGAAAUUCCGAAAAAUCAGCGACACGCCGUAUGAGCGCUGGCGGUGUUGAAAAUGUCUAAAAGAACCACGCUUACAUAUGUCUUGUCCACUUGGUGCAUCUGUACAUAUUUAAACAAUCCAUGUUGUUCUCUUUCCCCCGGAAUCUAGACUCCAUAAUAGACUUCUGAGUGGUUCUAAGGGCAUUCCACGUCCAUACACAAUCAACUCGGAUCCAUAGACAAAUAAAGAAAAUGGCACUGUCCCGUGACUAUAUGAACCACGUACGAACAAUCCCAUUCUCUACGUGCUAUAAACAACGACAAAACAUAAGACAAAAGACAUAAUGUUGCACAAAGUCACUUUAUCGCGAAUUAAGGCGUGUUUUCACAUGCGCCUACUACAGAUAGUCAUAUCUUUCUUACUUGGAAAAAAACGAACACUACUAUAGAAUGGCUAAAUAGUUCAAACAUCAGUUUGGUUUGCGUGUAUUUAAGUCAGUAUUAUGAAUAAGCAUUAUGUAUACUCGGACUCCUGUGUGUGGUGGUUUUAUUUCGUUCUUGCAUCCUUUCGGUGCUGCUCGCUUUUGAAAUAGGUCUUACUGAUUCAAUAAAGAAUUCCUUUAUACAAAUAUCGACCAUGUACAACAGCAAAUCGAGUAAUCGUUAUCACCUUCAUGUAAAUGUGUUUACAAAUUAUUAAUAAAAUAACUUACUGCAGCCAA